UGAGAAUGCUCCAUUUAAAGUUUGAGAGAAUGAUAAAACUACUCGGCCAGGGAAACCCCAUUAUUUUUUUUCAUCUAUUUACUCUAUCAUUUGGCAACGUUUAAUUUUUUGUUUACUAAAUUACUGUUUUCAGUCCUCUUGUACUUAUAUUGUGGACCUGAAAACAUAUAGCUAAUUUUACUUUAAUAGCUAUUAGGAUCCCUAUUAUUCACUUAUUUAUAGUUCACAAUGUUCUGCAGACCGCUCAUACGGUUCUGCUUUUCCUUAAGCAGCAUGCCUACAUGCUAUUCUGCUAAAAAUAUUUUUAAUCGCGUUCCCAGUCUAAAUUUCCUACUUCCUAGCAGAAAUUCCAGUGAUAAAGCAAACAAGGAUACUUUGUUGGAAAAGUACUAUGUUGCUAAACAAGCUUAUGAGGCUGAUUUACCACCACCUGAUGUGAACCCACUUGGAGUGUUUGCUAACAACGAGUUAGAUUUGUCAGAUAUUGAAGUAUAUGGCUUUGAUUAUGACUAUACCCUUGCUGUAUACAAGGAAUCACUCCACUAUUUAAUAUAUGAUUUGGGUAGAGAUUGGCUAAUAAACAAGUUUAAAUAUCCUCAAGAAAUUAGACAAUUGGACUAUCAACCAGGUUUUGCCAUUAGGGGUCUCCAUUAUGAUAUGCAAAAGGGACUGCUAAUGAAAAUUGAUUCCUUUCAUCAAAUUCAAUUUGAGAGUGUAUAUAGGUAAGAAUCGAUUUUAGUAAAUUAUUAA